CAAAAGAAAAAAUAUACAAAACCAUAUAAGAAGAAACCUCAUCAAAUGAAGCUCAUAAUAAUCAGAAUGAUUUCAAGCCUUUUAUUAGGGUUUAUGUUAGUCAUCACUGCCCAAGGGAACUCAUCAUCAGUUUCAAAUGUUUCAGGUCAGAAUAGUAACCAAAACAAGCUUGAAGUGAUGACUGGAAUGACAACCAUGUAUCAAAAGGAACCAAUAAUUGAAAGGAGUGGAAUUGCUAAUAAUAUGAGGAAACUAUGGCUUGGAGCAAAGAAGAAACUUACAAAACAUGAAGAAGACAUGGAUUCCAAGAAUACUCAUGAAGAGAAUAUUUCAGGAAAUGUGCUAUAUGGCUUGAAGUCCUCUUUCGGAAGCCUAGGAGAGCAAAAGAAAGAUCAGAAUAAGCAUAUGAUAAUGGAGUCAAAGGCAUCAAGAUUAUUCACCAAAUUUGUGAUUCCAAGGAGAAGUGGUCCAACCAAAACAAACACAAAAUGUUCACAAGAUUGCAAUGAUGUAUCAAUUAAUGAAAGAAGAAGGAAGAGCUUAAAGAUAUCUGAAGAAGCAAAACAAGAAGGUACUUCUCAUAAGAAAGAUGAAAACCAUCAUCACCAAAGUCUUGUUGAGGCAGAAAAAGAGGUAGCCAAUCUCAUCUAUAAAGACUAUAAAGGAAAACCAAGUCACAAGCCACCCAUCAAUAAUAAUGGGCCUGGAAAUUGAGAUAGAUCCAAAGAUAAGAAGAGUGUAAUAAUAAUAAUAAUU